UGCUGACAACGGAGCUGUUCAGCACAUGUGGUGCUGAAGUGGCUGGGUCUAUCGGAAGAAGUAUCGCAACUUUAUAGGGAUAAUCUUUUAUUGUGCAAGCUAUACUGUAAAAUGUCUGUCAGAUUUAAUUGACAUAGUUAGCAAUAUGCCUUUGUCAUACAAUCAUUGUUACAGAUGGGUACAAGAAAGUCUUAGGAAAUUACGCAAACACGCUUAUUAAAUCAGGCGAUGAUAGAUUUGAAAGUAAUUAAAUAGGGGCAAGAUGUGCAAAUACGCGAUUAAUAAUGAGAGCUAAUGGCAAUAUCUGUACUAGCUGGAAUCCACGUCGAUUGAUCCCAAACACAUGUCUCUGUCCUUUUGAUUUGGUUCAAAUGUCAACCCUGUAUUUUUUUUUAAAUUUGAAUUAUAUCCACAAUUAUCAAAAGAUAAUCUUAUUUUAGUGUAUAUUCUCAGAGAUAAAAUUUAGACCCGCCGUACGCCGGCUGGAAUAUUUAUUUUGAAAUCUUAUUUCAUCACUGAAGUCAAAUGUCAUACUGUAGAACAGAAGUAUCAAACGUUAUCUCAGACCUCCGGCUGCGGGUACCCGUAGUGACACAUACACAAUAUUUGAUUUAAUACGCGUGUUCGACGUGGGCUGGGGGUUUGUUUUUAAUUUAGUUUUGUAGACAUAACGAUAUUGCUCCGGCGAGUCUAUUUGCACAGAGCUAGCAAGCUGUGGUGGUUCUAUCAGCUCUACAAAGUCUGAGCGAAGCAAAGCUUUGUUGCUUAUUCUGUACGAGUUUUAAUGAGCUGUUCAUCUUAUUGUAUUUCAGCCUGAUAUGUCUUCCAAGCCAUUUGUUUUCUAAAAUGUAAUUAUUUAAUUGACCCUAAGCCCACCCACCCCCGUUUAAAACUUCCGCAUUGUUUAACCAAACAAUGUAAUCUAAAUUAAUGUCAGAGGUCCAUUUCCUUGGUUAUGCAAUCGCUCUAUUUAGUGUCCUCCGCAAACCUCUUUCAAACAAUACAUUUUUCUCUUGAGGUAGUUUGUAUAACGAAGCCCGUCGUUUUGGAUCCGUUUAUUUAAAGUUGUGGUGAGGACUCUUCGCAGUUCUUGAUUGCAGUCCUGUGCGUCUUUUUAAACUUUACUUCACAAGCUCUCAAAGGUCUCAAUGAAGACACUUUUCUUGAAAUCAAAACUGCUACAACGAUCAGCCUUCUCCCAGACACAAGGUACACAGUUUACUUUCAGCCCCGAAAAAGAUGCUUUCGACUGCGGACUCUCAUGAUCUGAGCUUCGGCUCCAGCGUUAAUCUGGGGCUCGACAUCUAUCCACCUGUAACACGCUUAUAAAUAAAACCUGCGCUCGUCACACGUAGGAGGCGGGUUGGCAGGCGAUUGGAAAUGUGGAAGUGUUCUAAUCUUUGAUUGGGGCCGUGGGGAGCUGAUGAAAAUGAAUGAGGCGGGAGCAGCGGAAAGCUCGCCUUUGUGUUUCUCUUCUAAUAUCUCACAUAUCAAUAAUUCAGAGCGGCACCAGACGGACACUGCGCUAUGUAUUCAGCUGUGUAUCGACUAGCCAGGGGCCGCUUUCUACAAUUCAGGGGUCAUUUCACUCAGCCUUAAAGUAGGACAAGAAGCCGAGAGACGCAAGCAAGCCAGCAAGCAAGCGCGCACAAGGGGCAAGGAAAAUCACAAAGAGCCCCCACUCACAAAACUAAACCGGAGCGUAUAAAUAAAGGAUAUCAAGACAUAGAUUAAGAAGAAACAAACAACAACAACAACAAUAGAUCUAUUCACAUCUGGAUUUGAUAAAGAGAAAAGGAGCUGUUUCGGUGAGUCUAGAAGUGGGUUACUGCACUCUGUUGAAAGCUGCAGACCGAAGAAGCAGCUGUCAUGCUGGUGCUUUUCCUGAGCGUGGUGUGGCUAGUUGGGCUAGUGUGCGGCCAGAAUGAAACCGAACCCAUAGUCCUGGAGGGGAAAUGCCUGGUGGUUUGCGAUUCUAAUCCCACCUCGGACACAACAGGGACGGCUCUGGGCAUUUCAGUGCGGUCGGGCAAUGCCAAGGUAGCGUUUUCCUCCGUUCGGAGCACGAACCACGAACCCUCAGAAAUGAGUAACCGAACUAUGGUCAUCUACUUCGACCAGGUACUCGUGAACGUUGGGGACAAUUUUGACACGGAGAGAAGCACUUUCAUCGCUCCGCGAAAAGGAAUUUACAGUUUCAAUUUUCACGUGGUCAAAGUGUAUAACAGACAGACGAUCCAGGUGAGCCUCAUGCUGAACGGAUGGGCCAUGAUCUCAGCAUUCGCCGGGGACCAGGAUGUCACCAGAGAGGCCGCCAGCAAUGGGGUUCUGCUCCAGAUGGAGAAAGGAGACCGAGUGUAUCUCAAACUGGAGAGAGGAAACCUAAUGGGAGGCUGGAAAUACUCCACGUUCUCAGGAUUCCUCGUCUUCCCCAUCUAAACAGGAUUGAAAACACACAGACGCUGGGAAGCCAGGAAAAAACAGAAAACAAAAAACACACACAAGGGGUAGGAAUGAUGAGUGAAUGAACGGCUCUCAGAUGCAGCUGCUUGUAACUCUGGACAAAAAACUGUUUUACUUCCAAUAUUUAAAGAGGCAAAGCCCUUCGUAAUCUUCGUCUGUAUACGUCUGCUUUGAGGAAUGUUUCUAGCGUUUUGCAGUCAGAGAGCCGAAUAGAAGGAGAAAAAUUAAAUAAUUGGUGAAUUACACAUCAUUUUUAUUUUAUCAUUUUUAUGUUUAUAUGUCAACUUGUCUGUUGAAAUCUUUAUUACCUCAUUUUUUAUUUUUACCGUAUUUGUUUUUUUUAAAUCCCUAUUUCAUUAUCUGUUACGUUGCCCACAUACAUUUUAAUCACAAAUGCUUACAUUUCUUUUUGGGGAUUUUAUUUUACAUUACUCCUACAUUUAUCACACGAGAAAGAGUAAGAAAAAAAAACAAUGGAGAUAAUCUUGCUGUGUACUAAUCUAUAAGAAUCCUAAACUGUAUAUAUGAUGUAACCUCUUACUAGCCGAGCUGGUUAAGUAGCUGUAUUUCAGUAUUUCUAUGUAAUUCUCAGUGAUUGUCGAGUAUCAGGCUGCUAUACUUUUCGAUGCUUCUUGUUUUGUUUCAGUCAGAUGUGGCAAAACUUAAACAGCAGAAACUAUAAUGGAAUUUUAUUAUAACUCUGUAAAUAUAUGUGUGAAUAUUUUAAAAAUAUUUUUUUUCUUUGCUUUAAUUCAAUAAACUUUAAA